CCAAUUUAUUGCAGCCCUUAUUGACUGUAUUCUCUUCUUUUUGACAACCUUUCCAUCAUUAUUAUAUCAUCAUCGUCUAUCAUCUACACCCAUCUACAAAUAAACUUGACCUACUACAUCUUCAUCUUUCGCAUUUACAUGUCAAAGUAUGGGCAACACAUACCCAACAAAAGAACCCCCACCAACCCCCGACCUCUCCCUCCCCUCCCACUGCCCCGAACUCGGCAUCUACAGCAACACAAACUGGGACAACGCCUCCUUCGCCCUCUACACCCUAAUCGACCUCCCCCACACUGAACUCCAAACCAUAGCCACAACCCUCGAAGAACGCUGGAUGCAAGCCUCAGAUUACUCAGACACCCAUCUCAUCCGCAUCCCCCAAACCCACAACUUCGCCAACAAAACCCUACAAGACAUCCUCUCCGUCCAAAUCGCCAUGGACAAGGAGAUGACGCCUCGCUCAGACGCAGGUGCGGACGGGGAUCUGGGCUGGUGGCCUAAUGCAUUUAUCGUUGUUGUGGAGAGGGAGUGGGAGGAGAGGGGGCUGUUGUUUGUGUAUGCGGAUGAUGAUGAGGAGGAGGUUGGGAAGAAGAAGAAGAAGGGGAUGUUUGCAAUGGAUAAGUAUUUCUUUAAGCCGAAGGAUGCAUAUAUGAUGCUUUCAAGUUUGGUAUUUGGGGAUGAGUAUCUGGAGAGGAGUAAAGAGCUUUAUGAGAUUGGGGAGGAUGGGUUGACUGGGUUGGAGAGGGAGGGUGUGGAUGGGUAUUAAACGAAAAGUUGUACAAAACACCGGUGGCGUAGUGGUAGAACACGCUCAAGAUAUGUUGACCAGAAAGAUAAGCGAUAAUUAUCUAUUAUUUAUCCUCCAUCCAGAUAUUUAUGUUUGAGAACAGGGUAGGACUGAAUAUGUUUGUUGGGUAUCGAAUCAC